CUCCCACGCAGAGGAGCGCACAGUCUCUUUGGUUUGGCUCACUGUCUCCGUGUCUGGUUGGCAGAGAGACCGCGCGUCUCAGCCUGGAAAGGGUUAGAGGGUUUGCUCGUUUCCAGUCCUGCCCAUUCUCACUCAAGGAGGAGGAACGAGAGCAAAUAGUGCUGCGAGAGUUUUGACACCCACAGUCUUCAGAUCGGAUGCUGACACUUUCACACCAGAGAGAACCUGCUACAUAUAGGUACCCAACGGUUCGCACGACAGACAGGACGGAAAUCAGUCUUUGAAGGGAGUGACCCGAAGACGCGCCCGCUGAAGCGCCCACAGCCCGCUGUCAACGAGCCUUGGACGCGCUGUCAAGCUGCUCCAACAUUGGAUUAUGACAUUUUAAAGCGCUGACUGACUGUGUAAGAAUCUCCCUCUUUUCAAACCUGUGAGUUUUCUUUUUCGCGAUAUGGAACAGGAGACAGCGGUUCCCAGAUCUGCGUGACAAGAUCUCUCUCCAGCUUCCAAACCACCGCGUGGAUUCAAAAAUUAUUCAUACACGAAAUCCUGAGGAUAUAACGGAACAGAUUUCUUUGAGGAUGUACUGGUGUUUGCUCUGUGUGACUCUAACGGGAUUGUCCGUGGCUCGCGCUCUAACGGAAAGUCCCUGCGGUGGGAAAAUCACGAUCUCCAGCGCCGGCUAUGUGACCUCUCCCGGUUACCCGUCUGCAUACCCGGUGAACCAGCAGUGCAGCUGGCUGAUCCAGGCACCUGAUCCACAGCAGAAGAUCCUCAUCAACUUUAACCCACAUUUUGAUCUAGAAAGUCGGGAAUGCAAGUAUGAUUUUGUACAGGUGUUUGAUGGUGUGGAUGAGAACGCUUUCUCUCUUGGGAGGUUCUGCGGCAAAAUCGCUCCAUCUCCGAUUAUCUCUAGUGGAAACUCUUUACUCAUCAAAUUCACCACCGACUAUGAAAGCAGUGGAGCAGGAUUCAGCAUCCGCUAUGAAAUACAUCGCACAGGCACUGAAUGUUCCAGAAACUUCACAGAACCACACGGAGUGAUUCAAACCCCUGGUUUCCCUGAUAAGUAUCCAAACAACCUGGAGUGCACCUUCAUCAUCUUUGCACCCAAGAUGGCAGAGAUCGUUUUGGACUUCCAGAGCUUUGAUAUGGAACCGGACACAACCGCACCUGUGGGGGCUGUCUGCAGAUUUGACUAUCUGGAGAUAUGGGACGGAUAUCCUACAGUGGGUCCUCAUAUCGGUCGAUACUGUGGUUCCAGACAGCCAGGUCGUGUGAUCUCGUACACCGGUAUUCUCUCUCUCAGCAUCCACACAGACAACGCCAUCACCAAAGAAGGCUUUUCAGCCAAUUACAGCAUCCGCACCAGUUCAGACUCAUCUCAGACACACCAAGGUGAGUGUAUGUCUCCAUUAGGGAUGGAAAGUGGUGAGAUCACAGAAGACAGGAUAUCUGCAUCGUCACAGUAUAAUCCCAGCUGGUCUCCACUGCGCUCCAGACUCAAUUUCCCUGAAAACGGUUGGACGCCGUCAGAGGAUUCUGCUCGGGAGUGGAUACAGGUGGACUUGGGUUUCUUGCGGUAUGUGACGGCCAUAGGAACACAAGGUGCCAUUUCAAAGGAAACAAAAAAAGCUUACUACGUAAGAACAUACAAGAUCAGUGUGAGCUCAAACGGAGAGGACUGGAUUACCCUGAAAGACAAAACAAAACAGAUGGUGUUUCAUGGAAAUCAAAAUCCCACAGAUGAGGUCCGUGCCAGGCUGCCCAAACCCACCCUCACCCGUUAUCUACGGAUACGACCUCAGAGCUGGGAACAGGGCAUCUGCAUGCGUUUCGAGGUGUACGGAUGUAAAAUAUCAGACGCUGCAUGCUCCAGUAUGCUAGGGAUGAUUUCGGGUCAGAUUUCGGACUCUCAGAUCACAGUGUGGCCAUCGGCAGAGAGGGGCUGGCUCCCAGAACAGGCCCGGCUCCUAACCGGCCGAACGGGCUGGGUGGUUGCUCACCCGCAGAAUCUGGGGAAGAACCAGUCACUGGAGCUGGAUCUGGGGUCCCGGCGGAUGGUAACGGGUCUCAUCCUGCAGGGAGGGAAAUACAGAGAUGUGAAUAUUUUCAUCAAACGCUUCAGAGUUACAUACAGCACGAAUGGAACGGACUGGAGCCACAUACUAGAGAAGAACAGCAACAAAGUGAAGGUGUUUCUGGGUAAUCAGAAUCAUGACACACCAGAAGUAUGCACCUUUGAUCCAGUGCUGAUGCGUUUCCUGCGUAUCUACCCUGAGCGUAGCACUCCUGAGGGGAUGGGGUUAAGGCUGGAGGUUUUAGGAUGUGACCUGCAAGAGCCCACAACGCCUGUUCCCCUCACCACCUCUAUGGAAACUACAGUAGCUAGUGUCACUAGCGCUCCAGGCAGUACACCAACAACCACCUUUUUUCCAAUGACAGUAGAGAGUUGUGAUGAUGAUGGCAACUGCCAUAGUGAAGCAAUGCCAGACUAUGACACAACAGAAACUGCAGUUGCAGAGCCGAUUCAGGAAUUGGAAGCAGGCCUGGUACCUGCAUAUAUCUGGUUUGCCUGUGACUUUGGCUUGGCUGAUAACCCCUCCUACUGUGGAUGGAGCCAAGAUGGAGGUGAAGGAGCCGAAUGGCAUAUAAAUAACAACACCAAAUACAAUGAUCACAAACUGCCUUAUCUGGACCACACAGGGAUGCCCCACAACUUCAUUUACGCGGCUUCUAACACAAACACACAGAUAGAGAUGGAGAGGGAAACUGAAACGGAGACGGAUGAAGAACCGGCGAGACAAGGAAGGGUGGCGAGACUGACCAGUUUGCCGGUCACGGCCCCGGAUUCAAACCUGUGCAUGUCUUUCUGGUACCAUUUCACUGAGAAACACACAGGGACUCUGAACAUCAAGCAAAAGAUAGAGGUGGAGGAGGAGGAGAGAGAGGACAGUGAGGUUCUGAUCCGCUCUGUGAACGGCCAGGUGAAGAGCAGAUGGAGGGAAGGAAGAGUUCUGAUUCCCAGUGCCAAAACUCCUUAUCAGGUGAUCAUCGAGGCUCAAGUGAAUCAUACAGGAUCUGGUUACAUCUCACUGGAUGAUAUAAAGAUCCUGGAUGAAGUGGAUCCUGAAGAGUGCAAGGACCCAGAUAAUACAGAAGGUGAUGAAGAUAAAGUUUAUGAGAUCGUGAGCUGUGAGGGGGCUCACAACACCUUGUGGAGUUUAGGACGCGGCUCCAUGCUGAAGAGUUUAGACCCCAUCCUGAUCACCAUCAUCGUGAUGAGCGCCGUGGGAGUCCUGCUGGGUGCCGUGUGCGGGGUGCUGUUUUACUGCGCGUGCGCUCACAGUACAAACAGGAACCUCUCUGCUCUGGAGAACUACAACUUUGAGCUGGUGGACGGAGUCAAACUAAAGAAAGAAAAACUCAGUGCACAGAAAUCUUACUCGGAAGCAUGAGGAAUGCUGGAUAAACCCAGGAAACGUUUGCUGGAGGAACGUUUUUAGAACGUUGUGACGUUUCUCAAGGUCGAGACUGAGCGUUAUUCUCAGGACGUGAAGGAAGAGGGACCUGCGUCUAGAGGGCACCGUGUAUAGACUGUACAGCCAGACGAUGAUUGUCUACUUGUUUGUUUGUACAUUUGUUGCUGGUGAUGAGACCAAGACAAAAUGAUGUAUCCUUUCACGCAGUUGGAUAUUUUUCUUCUACAAGCCCCUUUUUCAGAGCUGUACAAAACUGGGUUUCAAGUGUUAUUGUGCUCAUUUAUCCUCGGAGACGUGUUUGUUCAGUUGGUAACUCGCACUUCAUUCCAAUGGUGCCUUUAAACAUGUUUUUGUUGCCUUUGUGCACAUGGGUUCCUCCUUACACACACAGUCAUGCUCCUGAGAUGCAGGAUAAUACAGGUCAGAUCUAAUCAGAUCUAAGAUAUCUCAACAGAACAUUCACAAGACAUGUCAUCUAGAUUAGGUAUCUUUUUAUUUUGUUAAUUUUCAUGCUAUAUUGUAAAACAACAGGUCAGAAAAUAUUUUGUUGGGGAAUCAUUAUAUGACUGAAUUUCAUGAUUUAUUGAUUUUUUUACAUGGCUCUCUGCUAAAAAUGUUUACUUGACAAGCAAAAUUGUAUAAGAUAUUAAACCCAACGUCAUAUAGUUUUUCUUGUUUUAAAGAUGUCAUAAAAUUAGUUUUACUGAUAUAUAUUCAAAACAGAAUUGCUAAUGGAUUAUAGGAAAAAUAUUUCAUUCAGUACUUAAAGAUAUUCUCUCUUAAAUUGUAGUAUUUUUUAAUACAUUUUGCUUCUCAAUUAAAUAUAUAAUUUUAAGGAUGUUUAGAUAUUUCGCUGGUAACAAGUCAAAAGUACUCAUGAAUAUAAGAUUUUAUUUUAUUUUUAAAAUGCGCUUGGCAUUCUGCAAUCAAAUAUUUAUUAUAAUGAUGGCUAAACUAUAAAAUUACAGUCCUACUUCAGGUUCAUGAUACAGGUCAAAGGGUUUAAAUAUGUAAAAUCUAAUACGCAUGAUGUCUUUCUCAAUGUUAAGCAGCUAGAAAAAGAUUCUUCUGCUUUAUUUGGUCCAUCCUCACUCUAUAUAUUGUAAAACAACAGUUCAUAUGACGUUCCAAGAGUCAAGUGUGUAAAUCUUCUUUCAGCUGCCCAUGUGACAUGUCUGUAAACUUGUGUUGCCAUGGUAUCGAGUGACAUCAUAUUUCAGAAUGACAUCACAGUGUCUGCAGACCAUCUGUGAAAAUAGUGUCUUCUAGACUGAUCAGGAGACGCUGGGGAGAAGCUCACUCUGGGAACGUCUGGGAAUGGAAGUGGAGACAAAGCAAAUGAAGCAUCUCAGAGCGCUAAUGUAGGACCAUCUCCCCAAUGAAAUAUUCUGUUUGAAGGAUGUAAAAUGCACAAACUGAUCCAUGUUCUUAAACAUUGUCAGCACAGCUUAAGAAAGACAAGACGACAAGUGCUGACAAAGGCAUCUGGGUAUAUUUCACACACAGCAGGAAAGCAGCUUUUUGAAGGAGACACCAGAAACUUUUCUCUUCAAAUGAACCAACGUGUCAUUUUGCACUGAGAAUUAUAUUUAGAUUGUAAUAAAAGUGUUAACUACUUUAAAUGGUAAGAGAAAUCCAACUGUUAGUGUAACAGCUCACUUUUUUAAUGUUAUUUAAAAUGAAAUGGUAUUUUUCUUAAUUGUAAUAGUUCUUGUGUUCUGAGGAACUGAAGUGACUCAACUGGCUUUUCAUCACAGACUCUAAACAAAAAAAAAAAAAAAUCAAUUUCACUUGAUGUUAUGAAGUCCAAUCUGUCUGGUGGCUGUUUUGUACUCACAGUUUUGUGAUGAGACUUGUGUCCCUCGGCAUCUUGACCAACUGGAUUUAUGAAUUUCUCAACAACAACAACAUUCCAAAGAGCGAAGUUAAUAAAGUUUUUAUAAAGA